AUGACUGGCUCAUAUGAAUCCGCUAACGUUCAUUAUCAAUACAUUAUACAAAUAAUCAAUCAAUUACUAUGGACCAUAACUGAUCCUAUGCAAUUAUUAAAAAUUGAUGAUUUACCAACACGAGAUUGUCAUCAAACUGAGGAGUCAAACAAUAACGCUGAUGAUCCUUAUGUAUGGUCUUUACCGCCAGACGAAUAUACAGUUCAAAGGCGAAAAACAAAAAAAUUCGUCAAUAAAAAUAUUAAGCCAAAAGUUGAUUCGAAAUUUAAAAAACCUGAUGAAAAAUCCACCACGUUGCAACAACGUAAAGAAAAAUCAGUUGAAAAGGAAAUCAGCAGUACUAGUGAAGAAAAAAUUGAAGAAGUACCUCCAAUUUCCACCUAUAAAGAGAAGCAUUUUGAAGGCAGUAGUUAUGAUCGAGAUUUAAUAGACAUGUUAGAACGCGAUAUUUUGGAAAAAAAUCCUGGUAUUCAUUGGAAUGAUAUUGCUGAUUUGAAUGAUGCAAAACGUCUUCUUGAAGAAGCCGUUGUUUUACCUAUGUGGAUACCUGAGUUUUUUAAAGGUAUAAGGCGUCCUUGGAAAGGAAUUUUAAUGGUAGGACCUCCUGGAACGGGCAAAACAAUGCUAGCAAAAGCUGUGGCCACAGAAUGUCAUACAACAUUUUUUAAUGUUUCCUCAUCAACUCUGACUUCAAAAUAUCGUGGCGAAUCUGAAAAAUUGGUUCGAUUAUUAUUUGAAAUGGCACGAUUUUAUGCUCCAAGUACUAUAUUUAUUGAUGAGAUUGAUGCUUUAUGUUCUCGUCGUGGUUCAGAAUCCGAACAUGAGGCCUCACGAAGAGUGAAAUCAGAAUUAUUAGUUCAAAUGGAUGGUAUUACACCAAAUUCUGUUGAGCCAGGAAAAACAGUUAUGGUAUUAGCAGCAACGAAUUUUCCAUGGGAUAUAGACGAAGCUUUGCGCCGUCGCUUAGAAAAACGGAUUUAUAUUUCAUUACCAAAUGAAAACGCACGGGAAACAUUGUUAAAUUUAAAUCUGAAAAAUAUUAAAAUUAAGGAGGACUUAAAUUUACAAGAAAUUGCUGCCAAAUUAGAAGGCUAUUCAGGAGCUGACAUAACUAGUGUUUGUAGGGAUGCAUCAAUGAUGUCUAUGCGAAAAAAAAUACAAGGUUUAAAACCAGAAGAAAUUAGACAGAUACCCAAAGAGGAAUUUGAUUUGCCAAUAACUUAUGGAGAUUUUAUAGAAGCUAUAAACAAAUGUAAUAAAAGUAUCGGUAAAGAAGAUUUAGCCAAAUAUAAAGCUUGGAUGAAUGAAUUUGGGUCUAUAUAAAACGUUGUUUAUUGAGACCAUUUAAAUAUAUAAAU